GAGAAACAAGCAACAACAAGAGAAUGGUCUGUUGUUGUGUUUCCACAAAAGACUUCUACAGCACCAGCUCAGAAGUGCCUUCCAGAUCAAGAUAGAAAAUAUGAACACAAACCUCUAGCAUCUUUCCAUUUUGUUAUGAACACCUUCGCCCAAGCCACAAGCAUCUUGUAUGCUAGAGAAGAAGGAAUAUUUCCUCUCCAAGGAUUCUACUCUGUUUACGCAAAUGGAUCAAAGAGAAGAGCUGCAACUGAGGAAACCAUGGAGGAGAGAAAUUUUGUUCCCCCUACAAGAGUUUAUCCAGUCAUUAAAGUUUUUUCUGUGGAAAGUCCCAGCAGACUUAAAUUGUGAAGGGGAAAGGGAACUUCAAACUGGAAAAAUUACAUGUGAUGCAAUUAUGACUCUUCCCCCUUAAUAAUUUUUUCUGGUUAGUCUACUGCUCCUGGAAAACUGCUGCCCUAGGCAGCCAUCUGUGUUACCUAUAGGGUUGGGGCAGUCUUUGUUUAUUGAGCGGUGUGAAGAAGUCAGGGCUCCUAACUUCAGUGGUGGGAAGGUUGGUUCUACUUGCUCAUUGGUGAAGGGGAAAGCAUGCUGUGCAACUCAGUGGUAUUCUAGUCAUUAUUAUUAGUUUUGUGUUCCAGUGAGCCUUGGUAUUGAAACACCAGGCAAGGUUCUGGUGAGUCCUGGAUGAUAGUAAGCCCGGAUCAGAUCCAAUACUUGGUUAAAAAGCAAGGUGGAUUAAAAAGAGCAAUCCAUGGCAAUAGAUUUUUCAGAAUCAUUUACAGACCUAUCAGGCAGUUUGCUUGCACUCCCCCCCCCAGUGGCCAUAUAUUUUCCCUGUGGGCUUCAGAGCUGGGCCCACUGAGUGUGAGAUUCUGUCUCAGCAGGAGCUCUAAUAUCGCUGUGCAAGGGCAACCUGGCACCCAAUACCCUAUCAGCAAUUUCUCACAAGGAAAGAGCAAACACCUGCCCAGGUCUGCAGGGCAUUCCCUUCCCUCCUGCACCAUGUUUGCUGAGUGAAACUGAAGCUAGUGCCCUAUCGAGAUCUGCACUGUCUAUCACUAUCAGUUUCUUAAAGAGAGAAAGCUAAGCAAGGUUUAACUUCUAAAACCAGAGGUGGUGGGUAUUCAAGCUGAGCUGAACUCCCUUCUUGAUUUAUAGGUGCGAAUGGGCUGCUCAGAGGUGAGAGAAAGGCUCUCAGCAAAUUCCUGGCUUACAGCUUGUUUAUUUCCUCCCCCCCCCACCCUUAUCUGAGUAGCUCAGGGCACAGUACUGUACUUAGUUGUAAAGCACCCACCACACAGCACAACUUAGAGUGAAAGAAAACCCAAGAUCACCCAGUCAGUUUUAAUGCUGACUGGAGAUUUAAUGUCCUCAGGCCACCUAGCUUUCUAGCCACUACUUACAAUGUUGCUACCCUAGUUACAAUUUUUAUGGUAUUGAUUGCAAUGUGGACUACCAGAGCUGAGGUCCUAGCUUGGAAAAUUUUUGACUCAGGAUUCCAUGGCUGUGCACAGACACACAUAAUCUGAGCAGUGUAAAUGUACACUCAAAGCAUUAUAUGCAAUAUAAUCUCUCCCUAUAUCCAUUUCAUGGGAAACCUGUACUUCAGGUAUGCAGCAAAGGCCAAAUUUGCAAAGCCCUGGUUGACUGAAUUCCCUUUCCGGAAUAUUUUUCAGCUGCUUUUAAAAAAUGUUAUUGACAGGAUAAAUAUGCAAGAGAAGCUAGUAGUGGGGAUAGAGAACACAGACUGUCCGAAGCAUGGCAAGAGAGGGCAGAGAACAGGAAAAGACCAUCACCAUUUGAUUUAGAGGCUGGACAUGUGUCAUUUGAAGGGCAAAGGCAAAGAGAAGCAGAUCUCGGAAGGAAAAAAAAAGAAGGAACCUGCUUGUCUUUCUAGCAGUGCAUAAUAAUGUAGCAGUGCUCUGUCAAGGAACAUAUGAAAUAAUAAAAGUGUGUCUGAAUAUGUCCAGAGUGCCUUUUAAUGACUUUUUAACAGCCCAGGUUUAUUCCCAUAUAUAUUAUGACUUCCAGGAAAUUUGAGUCCCUUCUGUUUUUAGAAUUUAAUAACAGAUCAAUUCCCCCAAAAUUACAAUGCUUCUUUGCGACCACAUUCCAUUAAUGAUAGCUUAAAAUGUAUGCCACCCACCGAAGGAGUAUUUUGGCAUUUGAAUAUUAGAGGUUGCUGCUGCUGUAUUCUUAGGGUUCAAAUUGUUCAGUGCUUUCAGGCACCAAUCAGCAGUUGGGGGAGUGGUGCAGGAAAGACAACUUACUCCUUACUUUAAAGAAAACAAAAGAGAUUAUUGUGGACUUUAGGAAAUGUAAAUUGAAUAUUCAGCCAGUGCAUGGAACAGGUCUCGGUGUUUGGAUUUCUGGGAAUGGAGUUGAGAGAUGACCUAACCUGGGGAGAAAACAGCAAAGACCUUAUGAAGAGAGAACAGCAGAGGUUAUAUUUUCUGAGAAUCCUCCAGAAAAACAAUCUCUCAGAUGGCAUUUACCAUUGUACUGUGGAGAGUGUAUUAACUUAUGGUCUGUGUGUGUGAUUUGGGAGCUGCACGACCAGGGAAAAAAUAAUGCUGUCCAGGAUUGUAAAGACUGCAGAGAGAAUAAUUGGGUGCACUCUUCCCACCUUAGAUCAAAUCUAUGCUGUCAGGUGCCAUAAGAAAGCUGCAGAGAUAGCGCAGGAUAGUUCGCACCCCGGGAAUGAUCUCUUUCAGCUUCUGCCUUCUGGAAGAAGGUACAGGGUUAUAAAGACUAGGACUAGCCACCUGAGAAACAGUUUCUACCCAAAUGCAAUUCUGGUUUUAAACGCAGUAUAAGGAGUCUCUAUAGGGGUAUAUUGUAUUUUAAAAUGGGGGUUUCAGCGUUUUUAGGGGGUUCUGAAUGUCUUAUGUAGAUUUUUCAAUUUCAUUGUUCCGUAUGGGACAAUGACAAUAAAGAUAUCAUAUUGUAUCGUAGGCGGUGCAGUGAUCGAUGGUACCCAGCAAAGCAUUGCCAAAUAUUUUUUUAAAAAAACAACAACCCAAAACAAUCCUGCCAACAGAAAGAGUUUCAGUACAUCCCCAGUUGGGUAACAUUUCCCCCCCUUACUGCACUGUCUGUGGAUCAAGAAAAUCCAAAUUAAAUUGGGGGUGGGGGAGCACAGGCUGCCACUUGAAUGAGAAUGUCAUCAUGUGAAUGAAGCGAAAAACAUACACACAAUGGGAUGCAUCAUAUCCAGUUUAAACUGCUGUGUUCACCAUCUUUCUGCUAUGAGUCACACCAGACUGCUCCAUGAACAACUUCUCUACAGCUUCAAAAACAACAGUGAAUUAUAUACUGGAAGAUGAAGAAGAGUUUGGCUGUGAAGGAUAAGGUGAUUACUUAAGGGAGGGUUUUCUAUGCCAUAUAUGGUUUCUUGGCUGUUGAUGAGUUAGCAGCAAAUCCCUGUGCGAUGCAUGCCCAUGCCAAUGUGUUUUACGGUGCCUAAUAUGCAAACUGACUCACCGCUGUCUCUCCCAUGUUUAUCCUCCUAAACAACGUAUUCACCAGAAAGCUGGGGACAAAACACUUCACCCCGCUGAUUGAUGAAUCUCCCCUCUAUUUUCUAAAAGGUGCUCGUUGUUCCUAGUUGCUAUCUCAUGAUGACCAACAACUGCUCUAUUCAUGAGCAGAACACCACCUCAACUGAGGCACUGGAAGAUAUUGAAGACAAUGAGGAGCUCAUAGAACAGCUCAUGUGCAUCACCUCAGACAGCUUACCUCAGCUAGAAGUAGAGGAGAAAUACGACAUAGCCAAGGAGCUAGGCAGUGGCUCCUAUGGACAUGUUCUGCACAUCCAGCAUCGUGAGAGAGGAACAUCGAUGGCUCUGAAGCUGAUGUCCAAGGAGCGGACAGGGAGGCAUGAGUUCCUGCGGGAAUACUGUAUUGCUCUCUGCCUCUCCUCACACCGCGCCCUUCUCCGAACCACUGGCAUUGCUUUUGAGACAUCUACACAUUAUGGCUUUGCACAGGAGCUGGCACCAGCUGGUGACCUUUGUGCCAUCCUGAAUUCAGGGGAGGGCCUUCCUGAGGUACAGGUGAAGCGGUGUGCAGCCCAACUGGCCGAGGCGUUGGAUUUCAUGCAUGGCAAAGGCUUGGUGCACCGGGACAUAAAGCUGGACAAUGUGAUGCUUUUUGACAAAGAGUGUCGUCAGGUGAAACUGGGAGACUUCGGCCUCACACGAGUGGAAGGCACACAAGUGGCUGCUAUGUCUGGCACUCUGCCCUACUCCCCACCUGAAUUGUGCCUUUUGGAAGGCACCGAGACUUUGGCUCUAGACCCCAGCCUGGAUGUCUGGGCCUUUGGCGUGCUACUGUUCUGUAUUUGUACAGGUUGCUUCCCUUGGGAUGUGGCCAUGAGCCCUGACCCUCAGUUUGAGGAAUUUGGCAUCUGGCAGAACCGCACGGUGCCAGGGGAGGCUCCGGCCCUGUGGAGAGGCUUUACCACCCAUCUCUUGGGUCUGUUCCGCCACCUAAUGGCCAUUGACCCUAACCGCCGCAGUCCUGCUGUUGAAGUGCACAAGUACUUAGCUCUGCCUUGGCGGGUGGGCAGCUGUGGAGGCACACAGAGUCCCCAAGAUGAACCUCUGAAUACAAUGGAUUCAGGUGCUGUCCUCAAUGACCCUAUUGGGGGCAAUACUAACCUGGGCAAUAGAUCUCAGGAGAAUUAUCCAGGGGAAAUACUGCCUGAGCUAAUUCUCUGUGAGAAAACCCACACCAUUCAGAAUGGUCAUAGCCCUGGAAGCAAUCCCAGUCCACAGGAAGCCUCAUGGCUAACUGAGCCUGGGCUCCAGCCCUGAUUUUAGAUAAUCCUCUUCCAUGAACAUGCUGAAAUGAGUUGAAAGACCCAAGUAAGGGAAAUAAGACUUAGCAGUAGUUUGUUCAGUAUAAUGCCAUCUCUGCUAUUGGUCAGGUUGGAUAGAACUAGCUAGUCAGUAAUGGGUGAUCUACUCCCUGCCAGAGAGAUAGUGUGUAGUUGGGUAGCAAUGGUAUCAGCAGAACAACCUUUAUUUCAAUAGCAGGAACAUCACUAGAGAAGAUAACGGUUGCUUCCUCUUUAGCUGGAUUAGCUGGAGAUGCCUUCCUUUGUUCUCUUACUUUUUGUGGAGCAUCUAGGCAAUGUCAUUAUUAAGGUGUUGCAGUCCAGAAUUUUCUGUAUCAUCUCACCAUGAUUUUUUUUAGACAAUUAUGACAAUUUUAAAGAAAUAAAAUAUGAUCGCUGGACCGGCCUGCUCAUGAGGAACAGGCAGAGUUCUGUUCCAGCUUCUCACAGCUCCUGUACCUUUAAAACAGGGAUGGCUAACUCACAGGCCGGAUCAGGACCACCAGGCCUUCAAGUCCACAACCUGAUUUGGAAAUCUCGCCUGCUCUUUAAGGAGCAGAUGGGGCACUUAAAUCUCCAGAUUGAGGCAUAAAAUUCCUCUUCCUUCUCUUUAGAUCCACCUAUGGAGAGAUAAAAGAUCCCUCUGGCAUCCCUUUAGAGGGGAUAUCUGGAGAGCAGUCAUAGGAAUCAUUUCUCCCUGAUCUUAAUGCUCAGCACCACAGUGCUGAGACUGGAGAUCAUCCCUCUACCUGAUAUUUAAGAGUAAAAGGCAACAUGCCCACCCCUCAGUCCAGUCCUAGGGUGGGGAAAUGCUGAGUUUUAAUCUUAAAGAGCAAGCAGAAGGCUAAUAUCCAGCCUUAGCACUGUGAUGGCUAGCAUUAAGAUCAGAGAGAAGUAUAGGAUAGGUUUUAGUGGGUAGGAGAGGAUAUAUUAAUUGCACUUUAUCCCUCUAGGCCAUGUGUAUGGGGUGAACAGAGUUUUAAAAUCCCACCCCAAACUGAACAAUUAAAAGAAUAGGAAUUAGACUGUAAAACCUUAUUUUUAGCAAGUCCAGCUAUGAAGUAAGUUGGCUCGCCUUUCUUACCCUGCUCAAUAAAGAUUGGGCAACAACUCGGAAAGUAAGUUAAAAGCUAUAGCUUGUUUACUUAUAAUCUAGCAUUGGUUCAAGCAAUGGUAGCAGUAAAAACUAUGCAAGCAAAAUACAUUUGUAGUAUAAACAUCUUCAGUUAUGCACCUAAAGCUGGAGUAAGUAGAGGCAUAUCUGCAUCCAUGGCUGUCAAAGGGAGAGAGAGGAACAGGAAGUACUGCAUGCUCCUUCCUCUCCAGGAGAAGGGGGGGGGGGAUGACAUAACACAGAGCCCUCGGUGCCAAUUUUAAUUUGGUGGUCUGACUAUCUAUCAGCAAUACAGCUCUGUGGACAUAGCCCCUUCUCAUGCUAACUCAGCAAGAAUAUGUGUUUGUUAGGUUUUGCUGCUAUCUCCCACAAGAUUCCCAUGGCUGCUAUUUAGAGCUCCAGCACUAGAGUAGUGUGGAUGGAAAUGCUGUCCUUAACUUCACAUAGUCCAAAAACAGCUGUAGGUUCUUGUUUGUCAAGAGGAUCUUUAAAGCAGUGUCAGUGCUAAAAAAGCUUCGCUUUUUUACUUAUGGCAGACUAAACUGAAGGCUACAGGGAGAUGAAACAUAUCCCUAUAAAUUUAAGCCUUAAAGUUUCAGCAGUUCCUCUUUUCAGAUCUUGUUUUGCCCCCUGAUUAGGGGAUUGGUGCUAAAUAACCUAUUAAUUGCCUCUUUAAUUUGCCAUUCAGAAUACCCAAAUGUCAGUUUCUGUUAUUGCUUUAAUUACUAGUUUCCUUCUGUUAUAUUUAUUCCCACUCUCCAAAUAGUGCUGUUUCACCAGUAAAGAAAAGAAAAGAGAUCAGUAAUCAAAACAUCUUUCCUCAGAAAGAGAAAUUGUCAGUGGAGAAAUUCUGAGAGACUAUUCACGGGGUGAUCAUUCAUCUCCCAGGUGCAAUUAAUAGGAAGCAAUUGAACAAGCUGAACUGCAAGUAACAAACUUUUAACUGAAUGGGACUUUCUUGGGGGUAAAUAUUAUAUGAGGAUCUUGGCCACAAAGGAAGGGUGUUGCUGCAUGAUAUAGUGCUAUAUUAAUAUGCUGGAAACUCCAUUUUAAUUACCUUUUCAACUAUUUAGAGAAAAAGCAAUACGUCAGCUGUACCAAAGGACAGCAAAGAAACCAGAAUGCUUUAUGUUUCCAGCAGACCAAGACCUGAGAGUAAAUAUAUGGAUUUUUUAAAUAUGGUGAAUGCAGGAAAAAACGGUUUGGCUUGUUAAAAUAAUGAAUUAUACAGGAUAUUAUAUGUAUAUUUAUUGUACUGUAUGGUUGAUGAAAUUUCUGUAAUAAAAU